UAGAGAACGUGAAUCACCCAGUCAGGUCAAUAUUUGUAUAGAAUAAGACGGUUAAAAUUUUACCGCCAAACACUGAUCUUAACCUUGCCAAAUUGGCAGUGGUAGACUAGCUAAUUUGGCAGCUAUAGAAGACUUUUUAUCUAUCCAUGAUUCCACGAGCCAAUUAAUAUUAUAUUAUAACAGAAACAUGAAGCUGAAGAAGUUAAAGACACAAGACUUGAAGGAUCAAUCAUUUCCUGGCAGAUCCAUCAAAUCCUAAAGACAUAAAUGUACAAAGUGUCACGCUUGUGUCGUUAGUGUUGGAUGCAAGACAGUGCAAAAACGAAGACUGUAAUUUGUGUUGUGUUUCAGAUUCAUACAAACAUCUGAGAUAUAAUAUAUGGAUGAAAAAGAAUCAGUGUGUUUGAGUGUUGUAGUGAUUAUUGGUUUGUUUUGCUCUAAAUGCCAUUUGAUUUGCAGAGUAACAGAUGUGACUUAAUCUAUUGACCAAUCAAUGAGAAAGAAUCAAAGGCUAGGUUUCUAGGCCUAAUAUUCCACUGUUGUUAAAUAAGAUAAUUAUUAUUGCUAGUUAAAUCAGAGACAUUUAAUAAAUCAGUCAGAAACUUUAAAUAAAUCAGCCAGAAACUUUUUCAAAAAUCAGUCAGAAACUUUUAGUAAAUCAGUCAGAAACUAUUAAUAAGUCAGAAACAUUAAAUAAAACAAUCAAAAACUUUUUAAAAAUCAGUCAGAAACUUUUCAUAAAUCAGUCAGAAACUUUCAAUAAAUCAGUCAGAAACUUUUUAAAAAAUCAGUCAGAAACUUUGAAUAAAUCGGUCAGAGACUUUUAAUAAAUCAGUCAGAAACUUUAAGUAAAGAGUCAGAAAACUUUGAUAAAAAAAUUAAAAAGCUUUAAUAUAUCCCUCAGAAAAUCAGUCAGAAACUUUUAACCAAAAAAAAUAAAUAAAAGAACAUAAUGGAUAAAUGUGCUUUAAUUCCUACGCGGAUUAUCACCAUCUUGUUAGUCAUUUUACAAGGAACUAUUUUAGAUUAUUACCUCAUUAAAUAUAACAAUUGGUAUUGGUACGCCUGGAUAGCCGCAGAUCUUGCGCUUCUUUUUGUAUUUAUUAUGACUUUUGUAAUAUCGUACCGACAUUUGAAUUUGAUGCGUACAUCGACUACCCCAGUUCAAGUUGGCAGUCUGCCGUUGGUUUAUUUCGCCUGGCUUGUGUAUUCCAUACUAUUAGCGAUACGAGUUGGCCUGAUUUUCAAGGAUAUUGCCUGGAAGCUGAAAGAAGAGGAUUUCUUUGGUCCAAAUACCUUAAAAGUCACGAUUUCUCUGGCAGCCGUGAUUUUUUUCCUUCUUCUACAGUCGCAUCACAACGCACCGUGUCGUAGCAGACGCGAGCACCAAAUUGAAAAUUUAACCAAGACUGUAGUCUUCGACAUCUUAGACUCUGUAGACAUUCUGGACGUAUUUUUUUUGAGAUCCGCGAAAGAUGCGCUGCUACCUGGUUUGGAAGAAGGUAUUUUGGUAAUCGCAUGCCUGAAUUUUAUUUUACCAACUCUUCCAUUAAUGACAUUAAGUCGAAUUCAUUUCGGAUUUAAAGUUAUUCCACGAAAUAUUGACAUUUUGCAUCGACUUUUGUUACUGUUUUUCGUCAACGCUCCGUUACUAUCGAUCCGUCUGGUACUGUGGCACAGGUUAGAUCAGGAUAUUUCCACGUUUAUCGUCAAGAAUUUGUUCAUUAUCGUGGUUAUGUUAUACGAGUUGCAUAAAGAAUUUAAACAUGGAAAAGAAAACCUCGGCAGAAAUGACAAUACGCACGUGGGUUUAGACUAUCCAGGUGAAGAAGAAGAAAUGGUGGAGUAUGGUCGUUAAGGCCAAAUAAAAAAAACAAUUUCUGGUUCUCAAUCUGAUUAAAAUACAGAUCUAUAUUUCGUUUCGUUUAUUUAUACUUUAGAUGGCCUACACUACAUGAAGAUCUGACAAGUUGUACUGGGAGGUCUCGUCAGGGGUCAUACGAGCGGCUUAUGACCAUAUGACAUCCGACAUUGAUUAAUGAAUCAGUGUUGACAUUUCUAGUGGUUUACCCACAGUUCCUUGCAGAGCAUGCCAAGAACUCGCCGUAACAGAACAUGUCAUUGGCUAAUCCCUAACAUCAACCAGAACGCUGGUAAUAUAACAACUCUUCAAGAUCUCAGUGUUGUGAAAUAGGAUCUGUGUUUUAAUCAGAUUGUCUGGUUCUCAGAUUCCGCAGCAUCAUUUAAAUGAAAUCUCGUUCAACACCCUAGUCCUUGAAAAUGGCUUGACCUUCAUUUUGUUACCGUAAAAAAUAGUGUGAAUUUGAUGUGUUGUUUUGGGCAAAUGAUAAAAAGUUUCAAUUUCAUUAAGCUUAAAGAUGCAUAAUGCAAGAGCUAAAUCUGCCUAUUGCAGGUCUUUCUUUAGGCCUUAAAUUUUAUAUAAAUGAUUAAUUAGCCAUUUAUGAACAAAACAAGACCAUAAUCGACUCUCAAUGCCAUCUGAUGGGUAUAAUUUUAAACAGAUUUGAAUCUGAUCUGGAUAAUCGAGACUUUGUUUAUUAUAGUAACAAUGACAAUCUAGGCUACAGCUUUUUUUAAAUUCAGUUUUCUCGGCUCGGAUAUUGUGGCUUCUAUACGUGUGCAUUAUUCUGUAUAGACUGUAGAAUUUUAUAUAGCAGAGGUGGAUUGUAGAAAUGUUUGAAAAAUACGCCAGCAUGCAAAAUGACCAAUUGGUCAGAGAUCUAGUUUCAGUCAAUUUCCCGGUUCCAUAGCCCUCGGUCUUUGUUUAUUAUCGUAACAGCGGUAGCAAUGACAAACAAGACUACACUGUUCUUCAAACGGCCAUAACUCCGCUCAGAAUCAAGUAAUUGACUGAAAUUUUCAAGAUAUCCCCUUUUCAUUAUCUAUAUUUGGGUACGGGACACUUCGUCCCCUGACAACUCGUUACCAAACAAUUCGUCCCCGGACAACUCAUUCCCAGAUAAUUCUAAUUCGUCCCCAGAUAAUUAUUUGAACUAAUAUUAUAGCAUGAACCGUCAGCUCUUUAUCUAAAUCUUACAUUAUGCAUCUUUAAGUAAUAAUAAUGAUGGUUUAACAUGAAAUAGCUUCCCCAUUUAGUCUUUAAUUAUGACAUACACAUGGUUUGAAUUAUAUGCAUGUAAACUUAAUUACGAUAGUUUAUUUUUCUAUUUUUAAAUUAAUAUUUUUGAAUGUUUUAAAUAGUAAUGGACUUCUUACAUGACCCAUGACAACCAAAAUAAACCCAUGACAACCGAAAUAAACUUCCUCAGUCCCGUAGUUGUAUUAUAUGUCAUUCAGAUGGCAAUUUAUAAGUUGUUUAAAAAUCCUCUUAGUGCCAACCCCAGUAAAUCUAUCCCGGGGGUAUUGUACUUAUCGUGCCAACCCCACUAAAUCUAUCCCGGGGGGUAUUGUACUUACAUGUAUCGUAGUUAAUUUUUACUGCUGGUCAGUCAUUUUAUAUUUUUACCAAUUCAUUUAAUUGUAAAUUUUUUUAAAGAGAAAUAGUUUUUUUUAUUCUGGUUAUAAAUUUUAUAAUUUCAUGA